UUAUGUUCCGUAUAAACCAACUUUGUUGGUUCAAGGGAGAGCAGCACAGCUGUUAGCAGAGGAGACCAGCCGCAGCUGAAUAAUCCUAGUUUCCUGUAAAAAGAAGUUCAACAAAAGAGAAGAGACGUGAUUCCUAUAGCUUCAAACAGGUCGCCUUCUCUGCAACAUCCCAUUUGCAUCAUGAAUGCUAGCUCCACUGCCUUGUGGCUUCCCAAUGCAUCCUUGCCAUCACCCUUGGAAACCAUCUCUGAUUUAAAUAGAUACAGAGAUGUUCUUAAAAUCAUCUUCUACACGGUUAUUUUUCUCUUUGGUUCCUUCGGCAAUGGAAUUGUGAUCUGGAUCACUGGCCGCCAAGUCUCACGGACCAUCAGCUGCGUUUGGUUCUUCAACCUAGCUCUGGCUGACUUCCUCUUCUCCGUGAGUCGUAUAGCACCUCUUGUAGCAGUGAAGGAAGGUUGGGCCUUUGGGAGCUUUGCGUGCAAAGCCAACGGCUUCAUCAAGUACCUCAACAUGUUCUGCAGCGAGUUUCUCUUAGCCUCAAUCAGCAUGGACCGGGCUGCUUGUAUCGCCUACCCGUUAUGGGCCAGAAAACACCGGAACAUCUGCUUGGUAUGGCUUGCAGCUGUCGGAGCUUGGCUCAUGGCCAUCAUCACAAGUAUCCCUUUCUUCCUUUACCGUAAGGUGGACACCAAGAACAACCGAAUCAAAUGUUUGGUGAUGCUAAAAGAAGAAGAACCAGGAAUACGAGUGACCAUCUACAUGUUGAGGCUGAUAUGUGGGUUCUUGGCUCCCUUCACCAUCAUUGUGGUCUGUUACGGCAUCAUCAUCGUGGUCCUGAGGAGACGUCAGACCUCCCUCCACUCAAAGAAGUCCUUCAAAGUCAUCUUGGCCCUGGUAGUCACUUUCUUUGUCUGUUGGUUGCCCUAUCACAUCACCCAGCUCCUUAAACUGCUAGGAGCGAAUGGCCCAACCUUCUCGUUUAUUACUCUUGUUGCGGCCUUCCUGGCCUACCUCAACAGUUGUGCAAAUCCAUUCCUUUACUUCUUCAUGAGCGUGGACUUCCACAAAAAGUUGACCCUCUGUAAUAUCAUCAGGGCACUCAAGGGAACCUUACUGGAAGAAAACAGCACCCUAAUUAGAAAAUCCACCAGUAGCCAUAAAGGUUCAUUUUCUAUGAGUGAGCAGGCAAUAUCCACAGAAAUCUCUCAGUUGCCCUGUGGAAACUCAACCCUUCCAACGUGAAGUAUCCCAGGACCAGUGAAAUUUGAAUUUGUGAGCUUCAGUUUUGUUUCUUUUCAGAGACCUGAGCCACAAUUUUGAAUGUGUUGAAGUUUUAAAUGUUUGUGGGUGGAAAGGGCUGACAGAAAGCAACCUGUUCCCCUCAUAACGAGCUAUGAAAUUGCUUUAAUUGUUUUGCAUUAGUUAUAUAGAGUAUAGGAAUUCUGGGCAUCCAUGUCACUCAUAUCUGAAGGUUGUUUUCUUUCAGACUCUUAUUCAUCAGGAACCUUAUCAUGGUCUAUCUCCAAUUUUAGCCAAAUCACAAGCCAUCAUGGAACUUUGUUAAAAUGAUAGUUAAGAGACCCUCUGGAUCUGCUUUUCUUGUUUUGAAUAGAGCAGGGGUGCCAA